UUUUAAACGCUUUGUUUCGGUUAUAACUCAUAAAACCAAGAAAAUCACUCAGUCUUCGCUAUAGAAGAAAAAUGGAAGAAAAAGAAGAUGAUACCAAGAUCAGCAUUGCAGACCCAAUUCAAGAUCAUCAAGAAACCACAUUCUCUUUCGAUUUCCGAACAGAAUUUCUUCAAGAUGAAAACAAGACCCCAUUCUUUAAACCCCGUUCUCGUAGGAGAAGAAGAGACACCUGUGUCAUUUUUGCAUUCGUUAUCAUCCACUCGGUAGUCUUUCUUAUCACAAUGGCCGUCAAUGAUUGUGGCUAUAACUCUCACGGCGACUGCGCCUUCAAGGCCCUGGGGAGAAUGUCGUUUCAGCCUCUUCUUGAAAACCCUUUUCUUGGUCCCUCUGCCUCCGCUCUGGAUAAAAUGGGGGCUAUUCGCAAGACAUUGCUGGCAGAACAUCAAACUUGGCGUCUCUUUAUGUGCCCAUUAUUGCAUGCUGGUGUCUUCCACUUUAUGAUCAACCUUCUGUGCAUUAUCUUUAUAGGAAUUUACCUGGAGAAAGAGUUUGGAUCAAUAAGAACUGGGAUAAUCUACAUGCUGUCUGCUUUUUCUGGUACCUUGUUAACUGCAAUUUUUGUCAGAGAUAGUCCAGCAGUUUGUUCCUCCGGUGCUCUUUUUGGCUUACUAGGGGCUGCAGUUUCUGCACUUACAAGGAACUGGAGAUUCUACACCAAUAAGGGUGCAGCUCUGCUGACGCUUUUCUUUGUGGCUGGAUUCAAUUUAAUGCUUGGCUUGCUACCUUACAUGGACAACUAUUCAAGCAUUGGAAGUCUGAUAUCAGGAUUUCUACUUGGACUUGUGCUUUUUUACACCCCUCAAAUUUGGCAAGUGGCUCAAAAAAAAAUAGGUGACAGCGUCAAAAGUUCAUUUAACUGGAAGCAGAAGCUGGACAGGCCUGUGCUGAGGAGUGCUUCCCUGAUCCUUUUCUCUCUGCUCUUUGUGGGACUUCUUGUGGCUGUACUCCUAGGCAUCAAUAUAAGCCAUUAUUGCAGGUGGUGUAGAUACAUAGACUGCAUUCCUUACAAAAGGUGGAGUUGCAAUGACCUAACGUCAUCUUGUGAGACCAUGGGAAGUGACAAAGAGUUGACGUUGACCUGCAUGGGUAAUGGGAACUUCAGAGUUUUCCCCUUCACCAACAUUUCUCAAGAAAGGACACAGGAUUUAUGCACUCUGAUAUGCUCGUGACACAUCCAUAUCUGCUGCCAAUUCUGUAACGAUAGACAGAACCGUGUACAAUUGAAUGCCAGUCUUCCUUGAGCAGCCAUUCAGUUCUACCUGCCUGUAGAAUCGUAGCAUUGUGUCCCUUGACAUACACUAAACGUAGGAAAAGGCUGCAUCACUCGUGUAGUUGGAAGUGAAAGCUUAUGGAUUCAGCAUUUACUUUGAGAAUAUUGAAAGACCUGGGAAAUACAUGCAUACCUUUUCAA